AGUUUCUGCAAACCCAAACAAAAGAAGCCACCACUGCCACAGCCAACCCCUUCCGCGACGAUGAGUGGCACGCCAUCAAUAUCAUCAACAACAUCACUGGCCGCCAGCCAGCAGCAGCAGCAGCAGCAGACGUCACAUGUUGACUUGCUUCGUGAACAGCACCGCAAGCUCCAGCAACGAUACUCUGCGCUGGAGGCGCAGCUCGCAGCCAGCAACCCGGAGACCCUUUCGUCAGACUCCCUCCUGGCUGCGCUCCAGCGCACAGUGCGAUCGCUCUGCAAGUCCUCUCUGUACAGGUGCGGCGAGCGAGCGGUGUCUGACAUUCACGUGGACAACAGCAUCUCAAUCCUGAAUCUCGCAAACGACGUUAAGGAGGAAGGGUUGCUCAAGUAUGCGACUGGAUUUAUCGUCUCGCAUUGGCAGCAGUAUGAGAGGCGCGACUUUGACGCCGUAGCAGCAGACCUCCUCUUCCGCGUGGUGAAGGAGAAAACAGCGUUUGCGCUGCACACGGCCGUGAAGUUGAACCGUGAGGAUGUGAUCUUCCUCUUCUUGCUCGAACACGACGCGGACCUGCCUGCAGUGAUUGACCAGCUUGAUGAUGACGACGAAACAGCGCUGCAAAUUGCGCUGGAGAGCGAACAGGAGAAGAUUGCAGACACGCUCGUGCAGCACGGCGCGGGCCUCAACGUCAAAAAUUCGAGUGGCGCCUCGCUGCUUCAUCAGUCCGUGCAGAAGGGGAAAUUGUUUGCUGCCGGCUUCCUUAUCGAGCGCGGUGCUGAUGUGACUGCGGUCGAUGCAGCUGGUCAGACGCCGCUCCACAUUGCCGGCGCAACGAAUCUUGCCAAUGCAGCCACCGCCCUCCUUGACGCAAACGCAGAUCCAAACACGCAGGACGGAGAAGGCAACACACCGCUGCACUGCGCUGUGAAGAGCCAGAGCACAGACACGGCACGCACGCUCCUCUCCUGUGAUCGCAUUCAUCCGGACGAACGCAACGCAGAGGGCCACUCUGCGUUGUGGCUGGCGCUGUCGCUUGAUUCGCAUGCGCUCGCCGCUGAUCUGGUGCGUCGCGGGUGCAGUGUUGACGUCACAGCAGCAAACGGGGACUCGAUGCUGCAUGAUGCAAUCAGAUGCAACAAGACCGACGCGGCCUUGUUUCUGCUGGAUCACAACUGUGCUGUGGAUGUCGUUGACGAGCAACAGCGGACACCGCUGCAUCUCGCUGCUGCCGCUGGUGACGACGCUGUUGUUGCCAAACUGCUGGAGAGAGGGGCGCCCGCCAAUGCACAGGACACGGACAUGUCCACCCCACUCAUGGCGGCGGUCACAAACAACAAGCUGCCAGUUGUUGCGCGCCUGUUGCAAACGCCCCGCAUUGAUUUGGAGACGAAGAACACGGAAGGCAGGACAGCGCUCGGCCUAUGCGUCAAGGAUGACGUCAUGGAUGAAAUCUGCUACCUUCUCCUCCAAAAGGGAGCAAACAUUGACACACAACUGCCAAACGGUGACGGGCUGCUGCAUGAUGCAAUCCGCCACGGUCGAGUGGCGGCAGCGGCGUUCCUCAUCGACAACGGGGCAGACCUUGAGGCAGCCAGCGCCGACAACGAGACCCCACUCACGCUGUGCAUCCGCCACAGCCAGCCCGCCAUCGCCACGAAGUUGUGCGAGUGCGGCGCAAACGUAAAUCGCAGCGUUGAAGGGAAAGCAACGCCGCUGCUGCAGGCGUUACGAGCACGAGAGGAGGAGAUUGCGUCCAUUCUCGUUCGCCACGAGUGCGACGUGGACAUUACCGAUGCAGAGACAGGUCUCACUGCACUGCACAAGGCGAUCGCGGACAAGGACGAGUUUGCGGCGCUGUUUCUGAUGCGGCACGGAGCAGACGUGAAUGCGAGCAACAACGCAGACAUGGAAACACCACUGCACAUUGCCUGCAGUGUCGGCAUUGAGGUGAUGCCUUUGAUUACAGAGCUGUUGCGCAAUCGCGCGGACAUCAAUGCUCAGGAUCGCCACCUGCAGACACCACUGCACAGGUGUUUGUACAAAUCACACACGGAUGUCGCUGCAAACUUGCUGGUGCACCCGAAACUGCGCCCAGCGAUCCGCGACGAUGAGGACCGGACGCUGUUUGGCGUUGCGCUGCACAUGCGGCAGUACGACAUAUGUACACAGCUGCUGCAGAUCAACGAAGACGCCAUCGAGGAACGUGACCACAACGGCAUGACGUAUCUCCACGCCGCCCUCGCGGCCGGUGCUGCUGAGGAUGUCGACGUUCUCAUCAAACUUGGCGUCGACGUCAACGCCCGCAUUGACGACCCGUCACAACGCAUUGCGCUUGCAAUUGCCGUUGAGCGCGGCUUGGAAGCCGAGGCAGUCAAGCUGCUCAAAGCGGGCGCGCGGCACGACAUUCCAGACGCAAUGAGUGGAUGGACAGUUGCACACAUGGCGGCGUCGCUGAACUGCGGCCUCGUCCUCGACCAACUCAUCAAGCACGGCGCAGACAUGAACGCCACAGACUUCCAGGGCGAUGGCGUGCUGCAUGCAGCCAUGCGUGCUGGCCACGAGGCAGUGGUGCAGCAGCUGAUGGCCGAGGAUGUUGAUCUCGACCCGACGCGUACAAACAACGCAGGCGAGACAGCCCUCCAUGUGCUCGGCCAAUUUCCAAAGCAAAACGCCACGCGCUUGCUGGAGUUGGCAUACACGCAGAUGAAGCGUGUGCUCAACGCAACCGACGGGCAGGGCAACACGGCGCUGCUGCUGGCGUACAAGAACAGGAGCAUGCCUGGUGCCGGCCGCCUCUGCAUCGCCCUCGUUGUCAACGGCGCACAGCUCAACAUUGCAAACCACCAGCGCGAAACGUGCUUCUCUGUUACGGGAAAGGAUCGCCGCUUCCUUUUCAAACUCCUCGGCGACUUGCCCUGGGAACAGCCGUGGGCCGAGGGGGAAUACUGCCAGGAAUGCAAUGUCAAGUUUGGCACGCGCACGCGCAGACAUCACUGCCGCCACUGUGGACGGGUGCUGUGCGACAAGUGCUCGCAGAAGAAAACGCCCAUUGUCAAAUUCAAGCUGGACAAACCCGUGCGCGUGUGCAACGUGUGCUUUGAUCUGCUUUCAGGCCUCACGAGCUAGUGGACACUAGAACGUGCUUCCCCACCCACGCCCAAAAACCAUCCUCCUCCUCGCCUCGCUCGCUUAUCGCUCGCUCUCGCUCUCAUGAUUGGAUGAUUGUUGUAGCUGUUGCUUGUUUGUUAUGAGAAUCACACGCACGUACACCAGCCCAGUUUGGAC